GUUCACAGAGACGGAGGCUUAUUCCAGCUUUGUCACUGGAUACCUCUUCCCCAGCAAGGAAGCCUGCCAACAGCCCUGGGGUCCGCUGGGUGGAUGGGCCACUGCGAAGUGGGCAGAGGGGCCUGGGGGAACCCUUUGAGAUCAAAGUCUAUGAGAUAGAUGAUGUGGAGAGGCUCCAACGACGGCGAGGUGGGGACAGCAAGGAGGUGAUAUGUUUCAAUGCCAAGCUGAAAAUCCUGGAGCAUCGCCAGCAGAGAAUCGCUGAGGUCAAGGCCAAGUACGAGUGGUUAAUGAGAGAACUGGAGGUGACGAAACAGUACCUGAUGCUGGAUCCUAAUAAAUGGCUUAGUGAAUUUGAUCUGGAGCAGGUAUUUGAGCUGGAUUCUCUGGAAUACCUGGAGGCCCUGGAAUGUGUGACUGAGCGUUUGGAAAACCGUGUCAACUUCUGCAAGGCCCAUCUUAUGAUGAUCACCUGUUUUGACAUCACCUCUAGACGCCGAUAAAGUAUGAACCUCAAGAGAAUUUCAAUGCACAUCUCUGCCAUCCUCCUUUUCCCUUCCAAGUAGCAUCCCAAAGAUAAAAGAAUGAGGAUGAAGGUUGGAGUCAAGUCUCAACUGUGUGUAUGAGAGAUUUGCUAUACUAUACAGAGGUCUAGUAUUAAAAAAAACAAAACAAAAACAGGACAAGCAUGAAAAAUGGAGAUAUAAGGUUGUUGAUUCUCUUAGCCUAAAAGAGCACUUUGAGGAGCCUUUAAGGACAUGUCUGUAAAUAAGAACUGCUGGCAGAAGACACUUCUUUCCCUGCAUUAGGUGAGGAAGGAGAAAAGGUGGUUGUAGGACUUCCAUUGAGAGGUUCAUUAAAAGAAAACCUAUCCAGAAAAACUGUUUAAGUGCCUUGCAAAUCUUUAUUAUCCAAACAUUUAUGUUCAUACUUUAUUGUGUACAGAUGGUGCUAGUCAAGAAAACAAAAAGGAAAAAAAACAAAUACACUUUUGAAAUGUAUUUACAGCUUGUUUUUCUCUUGGUGUUUUCUCCUAUUUCAGACUUGCUGUUUCUAAGUAACUUGUGUUUGUAGAGAUAUUUCCUAAUCAGUACAACAUAUGAAUAAAUGUUAACUGUCUUUUCUUGUUACCAGAGUAAGGCCACUCAAAGAGAAAUUCAGCUUUCCAAGAUGACACAAAAGUAUUUCUAGCAGAGAGUAAGAUUUGCUUAUGUCUUCUAUACUCUUAUAUGCUGGAGAACAUAGUAAUUUUCCCAGUCUGUAGGUUUUGCAGUGUAUGAGAGAGGAGAAAUGACAUUACCGUGAAGUAAAUAUCUUUUCAGUUUGAUCCAACCCCCCCAACUUGUUUUCUUUUUUCAUUUUUUUUUUUUGCUUUGUACUGGCUGGAGUUAUAAAUGAGGAGGUACUUUUAUCCUAACCCCUUUUUCUGGUGCUAAUAAUUUGCUGAAAAAUUACCCUUUAGGCUAAGUGUUCCUACAGUUAUCAGUCAAAAAAUUAGUGAUUAUUCUGCGAUUUCUUUCUUCAGGCUCUGAUAAAAUUUACCUUCACCUCUUUAUGACACACACCACUGCAAAACAUGUUUUGGCAGCUUUCAACUCCUGGCCCAGUGUGUCGAUAGUCACAGACGUAUCUUGGAAGCACAGACUCUACUUAGCUUAGUACAUCUGGAAAUAAAGUAAAUGAGUAGAUACAGCACUUCAAGUAUGUUGGCUAUGGCAUCUUCUUCACUAACCCUCCAGUAUGUGAAGCCAUGGUGGAAUUCACAUUGACAUCAAAAGGGCAAGGCCCUGUGCCUCAAUGCACAUCCAAAUGUUUUACUAGUUUGCCUCUUUAUCUACAAAAAAGUGUGUAGGAAGGAAAACUCUUUGUGUUUUAUAAACAAAUGUGCAAAAUCUGCAUUUUAACUACAUGAACAUGAAGAAGUAUUUUGUUGAAUUAGGUUUCUUAUUCCUCUGUGUUGAAAUAAGUGCAUGCACAAAAAUUCCUCUUUCAUAUACAUUUGUGCUACCCUCCUGUUGCCUAUGGGGAAAUAAGAGCCUCAUUUAAUAUAUACUCAAAAAGCAUCAACUGCUAUACUUAUGUACAACUUUUCUUUUACCUGCAACAUCAUAUCGAUGUCAUCUUAAAAUACCUCAAGCAACAUGUUCCAAUGGAAAAAAUAAUACUAAUAGAUUUUCUAGUGGUUAGGAAAAAAGAAGCUUUUUUUAAAAAACAGAAAUAACAUUUUUAUAGUCUUCAUUUGGUAAUAACUACUCUUAUUAAUUCUAUUUCCCCUGUCGCUGGAUUUUGUAGAAGAUUCUUCUUACAAUCUGUAAGAUUAUUUGGAGGGGAAAAAAGGUCCUAUAUGAAAGUCAGUUUCUACUCUGUUCCACAUCAAUUUCCUAUCAUGAAACUUUUAUUCCAAGUAAGAAUUAAAGACAUAUACCCUUCUCUCUCAAGGGAAAAAAACCACCACCACCGCCAAAAACUCAAACCAAAACCAAACAAAAACAAAAAACCGCAGCUGCAGGAAGCCAAGGAAAUCGCCCCUAUGCACCGUCUGGGACUUAUACAGGAGAGGUGAUGUUUCUAUAGAUCAAGUGGACACAUUUCAGAGGUAUUGUAAAAUAUCCAGUGAAUGUAAUAUUCCUCACCAUCAUUAACUCAAUUAUUCAUUGACUCUAGAUUUGGUACUUCUGUAGAUUGGGAAGCAUAGAAAGCAGUGUGUUUACCUAGCCACUGCUUUAAACAGUAAAAGCAUAUGUUUACCCUGUUUACCACAACUGACCAAAAUUGAUUCCUGAAACCAAAUGGAUUGUGCCAAGGAUGAAUUUUGCAUACUGAAAAUUAUGAACUAAUUGGCAGAAUCAUAGUACUUACAAAUAUUUUAUUUCUGAGGACCUAAUUAAAGUGGCCAUUAACACUCUUGUUAUAUACCAGUAUUCAUAUCCUAAAAUCCAUACUCAUCUUCUCUUUCUUGACUUUCUGUCAUUGCAGUUCAGAAUUUGCCACUAUGUUUUUAUGAAUUGUGAUGGCUUAAUGGAAAAAAGAGGAAUGAAAAAUAUACAGAGAUUUGAAAACUAUAAAAUGUUUCUUCUCAAAAAUAGCUUUUUACUUCAGAAUUUGUAUUAUUUCAAAUAUCUGCAAAACAGGUAAUUAAAAGCAUCAGGACCUUAUUAUGCAAUUGAUCUUAGUUUGCAGUAGUCAGCAUUUUACAGAAGACCCAUACACUUCUGCAAGUCAUCCACGUAGUCCCAUUAUUUAAGGAAUUGCCAGCAUAAUGCUGUUUUUAUGCUGAUUUUUUAAAAGGCAUCAUGUUGCCUAAGAUACACGAGGAACAACAUGAAUGUAAUGCUUAAUCAUUUGCACAUUCAGAAAUCAAUCUUAUUUCCCUGGGACAGCUUUAGCAGCGAACAGCAGUGUUAAUGUAAUUAGGUUUGAAGGUUAAUUCUUUGUUUGCAUGUGUGACAGGAGAUCACAGCUCCUUAUUGUUGUACUGUGUGACAGCUGCAGAACAGCGCUACUGCUCCAUAUCCCCACCACUGUUCUCCAGCACAGGCAGCUGUGGGGCAGCUUUUGGCUUAUUCUGGGAACUGCUCGUCUUUGCACAUGUGAACCUUAUUCAUACAACGGACAGAAGUUGCUUUAUAGCCACAAAUUCAAGUGUAGCCUUAGAGUGGAGACUUUGGCUGCAAUCUGGAUUCAGACAUCCUUCUGGUCUGUGUGAGCUCUUGCAGCAGGCAGAAAGCUCUGGGUCACACCCCUGCUGGCUGCAGGUGCUGGGUCACUUUGUGUCCCAGAGGGUAUGAGAGAGCCCUAAUUCCUGGUGCGUUUGUCAUCGUGACACAAGUCUUUUCUUUAGCCAUGCAUGCCUUGUAUUUGCCUCAGACUG